GGUUAGUGAAUAUGCAUCGGGAGGUAUCAAGAAUCAUAUGAUUCCCAGAACCUCCUGACCUUCUUCUGAGCGCUCGGCUUGACAGCCGAAGCAAAUUCAUAGAAUUAUGGACGCGUGGUUACCUACGAUCAUGCCCGCACCGCGUAGCGCGGUCGAGCAAACGAAGCUGGAUAUGACCGUCGCAAGAAGGCGAGGAUCUGUGGACGUAGGCAGCUUAAGAAGCCUCAUGUACGGUGGACGAGAUGCAUGGGAGGCGCAUGCCAGGAUUGUUCGUGUCAUGCAAGCUGAUCCGGCCUUUAACAAGUCCCGCCGGCUAUACAUGACUCGUACAGAGCGUUACGAGCGCGCAUUGGCCAUGACCAGACGUAUAUACGAGCUUAAGGACCAAGAAGGCUGGUCUGACGAAGAAACCAAGCUCGCGACUCGUCUGGUCGACGAAAACAUACCCAUGACUCUGCAUGACCUAGCCUUCGAGCCCGUGUUCUUUGCUCAAGCAUCUCCUUCGCUCAUAUCCCGGUACGGACCUCUAAUACAGCAUCGCGGCAUCCUGGGCUGCUAUCUGCAGACCGAGCUCGCUCACGGGACCAACGUCCCCGCGCUCGAGACUACCGCAACGUACAUACCCGAGACGCAGGAGUUUGACAUCCACUCGCCCACGCUGACCAGCAGCAAAUGGUGGAUCGGCGCGCUCGGAAAGACAGCGACGCACGGCGUCUUGCAGGCGAGGUUGAUCCUCCCUGGCGGAAAGGACCAUGGGCCGCAUUUAUUCUUCCUCCAGCUCAGGUCCCUGGAGGACCACAAGCCUUUGCCGGGCAUCUCCAUCGGUGACAUAGGUCCCAAAGCUAUGGCAGGUUACGCAUCUACAGACAACGGUUACGCGCGGUUUGAGCACGUCCGUAUACCACGGGACAACAUGCUAUCCAAGUUCGCAGGGGUUACGCCUGAGGGUGAGUAUAUCAAGCCACCCCAUGCAAAGAUGAGCUACGGAGGCAUGAUGUAUAUCCGUGCGCAUUUUAUCAGUAGCUGCGGCUGGGUAAUGGCAAAAGCUGCCACCGUCUCGAUACGGUAUAGUACUGUCCGGCGGCAAGGCAAUCCAGACGCCGUAGGGCUGGAGCAGCAAGUGGUCUCGUACCCUUCCGUCCAGCAUCGGCUGCUCCCGAUUCUUGCCCGCGCGUACGUCUUCAUCCUCCUCGGCCGACGUCUCCUGACCAUUUUCGCUGAUACCACGACACGUCUGGCGUCGGGCGACACCUCGACCCUCGCGGACAUGCACGCGCUCACGAGCGCACUGAAGUCGUUGGCCACGAGGCAUGCUGUGCGCGAUCUCGAGGACGCGAGGAGGGCGAUGGGCGGGCACGGGUACAGCGCCUACGCGGGUUUGGGCCGAGUGUACGCUGAACAGUUACCGCUCGUCAGCGCCGAGGGAGAUAAUUAUGUGCUGGACAAGCAGGUGGUCAGGGCGGCAUUGAAGGCUUUCGAGCGCAGGGAUAACGGAGAUCGAUCCGUGUCAGCGGAAUAUCUCCGUGUGGUAGCCGGUGCGAAGACGCCCCAGAUGACUCCGGCGUCUUGGGAGAGCUUCGAAGCGCUCGUGCUCUUACUGCAGUGGAGAGCGGCGAAGGUGGUGGAAGACCGCGCAAAGCGGGGCGAUCUGGAUAAGGAUGCGAGCGCUGACCAGAGAGUGGCGACAGCGGUUGCGGAAGCUAUUGUUGCUGCUCAGUUAGGUGCAAUUGGGUCGGCGCUGCAGCUCAAGCCUCGCGAGAGAGAGAUCAUGCGGGAUUUGCUACGGCUGUACCUUCUCAUAACGACUGAAGCGGCCUUAGUGGACUUGAUGUCUUUCGGCCUGGUCUCUGCAGCCGCAGCAAGGGAACUGCGGACGGCGAUUGCAAAGCUAUUUCAGCCUCUCCUUGUUGAGGCUAUCGGGUUAACAGAUGCAUUCGGGUUCACUGACUGGGAGCUGGACAGUGCGCUCGGCGUAUAUGAUGGGAAUGUCUACGAGGCUCUGUGGCAGAAAGUGCAGACGGAACCUCUGAACCAGACAGAGGUCACACAGGCGUACAAGGAACAUAUAAGACCGUUGCUCGAGAGAGGGCGGGGCUUAGCUGUUCGGUCAAAGCUAUGA